CAGUUUGGCAGGGGGCAGCAAAACGGUGCUGGGACCGCAACGACAAAACGCCGUCGCGCCGCGACCGCAUUGCUGCCGCGCCGCGCGCACGCAGUCGACCCACCGUGCCGGAACAAAGGGGCAGCCGUCGAGCACCAUGGACGGGGUUGAUAGAGACGAGGGCAUGUUGCUGGACGCCGCGUCGACGGCCACGCGCAGCGCGGGCGAGAAGCUGCGAAGUGUUUUUGAAAGGCACGACAAGCGGGGACGCGGCAAAAUUACGGUAGAGGCCUUCGAGGAGGCGCUCGAGCGCUUGGGUGUCCUACGGCACCACCGCCGCGCGUGCGCGAGACGAUUUGCGACUAGGGGCAAGGCGGACUACAACGACUUUUGUAGAUUUGCGGCGUUGAGCGACGACGCGGCGCUAGCCCGCGCGUUGGCCGACGUCGCUUCCGGUCUGCGGGUGAGGGACGCCGAGGACCUCUUGGAGCCGCUCCUCGAAGCGGAUCCGCGCGGGGCGGGCGUCGUGCCCGUCGCCGUGUUUCGGGACGUGUUCCUGCGCGACUGGCGCGCGAAGACGACGGAGCUUCGGUUGCAGCAGUUGGCGUCGCGUUUUGCAUUGCCGGAUGACGCUUCUGUGGUAGACUACGAGCUGCUGGUCAGGCACCUCGCCGCGGCGCUAGCAACCGCGAAGUGCAAGGCGAAACGAGGCCGCCGGACGCGCUUCGCGCCGGAACCUACAAGACACAGCAAGCCGCCGAAGCGGGGCCAACCUUUAGACGGCGAGGAACCUUGGUUCGCGCGGCCCGCGUCCCAGAGUUACGGGCGGCGCCGGUCGAACGAUGAGGAUAGAGACAAGACCUACUUCGAGCUGUCGCUGUCGCCGGCGCGGAACCGCCGCGCGUCGCCGCGCAAAGCUAGGCCGCGCAAGGACGAGUCCGACGACGACGAGGAAGCCUUGUACGCCCCGCCGACCAAAAAUAGAGCACCUGACGCCUUGUCUUCAGCAAUUGCGGAUCGGAGAAUCGGAUUGAACUCGGCGGGCUCGCCACCGACGUUCUGCGCGCCCGCGCCCGACGACCACCUCUUCGCCGGCGCGCCUGUAGAUGCGAAGCCGUCGCGCCGGUCGCUGGAUUUAUCAUCGAAAAAGACGUGGGCCUGCGCCGUCUGCUACUACGCGGGCAACGGCGAAAAAGAUAUGGAAUGCGGCAUCUGCUACGCGGCCAACCCGGCGUCGGCGAAGGGCCGCGCGGAGCUGCUGGGGCUCGAGAACGCCGCGGCGGGGCGCGUCGUCCGGGAGUGCGUCGACGACGACGACGUCUGGCGCGAUACGGCGUCGCCGCGGAGGAGUCCCGAGAAUUCGCCGCGGGGGUGGCGGGACUAGUCCACGGGGGUAUAAGUCUUACACAUUACUGGC